CAAAAUGCAUUUCUCAAUACUCCCCAUCUUCCUCGCCGCUCUCCUCUCCCAAUCAACAACAGCCCAAACCAUCGCCGAAGAAAUCGAAGCCCAAAACGAUGCCGGCGCAGAAGGGCCCUCCUCCGAGUCAUCCGUGGGCGUCUCCUCAGAGGGCAUGAUCAUUCUCUGCACGAUAGUCGGCGUCGUUGUUCUCAUAGGAGUAUCCUCCGCGGCGCUCUUCGUCGUCGCAAAAAGACGCCAAUGGGCCAUGCGCGAGACGAUCACUCGCUCUGCACGCCAGGUCACGCAGGCUAUCAAGACGCCGUUGACCCCUCGGUUUCCGCGAAUGAAGCCCCAGGGGCGGGAUGAUGGUGGUGGUGCUAGGGGGGGUGGAAUGAGAGGUAUCGCGAAGCAGCAGACUAAGGAUGUUGAGAAGGGGUCUGUGAGUGACGAGGAUGUUAAGAAGAAGGGCGAUGACCGUAGGGAGUCUAGGGGGUGGGGAUCGCGUUUCUCGUUUAAUCGGGGGUAG